UAUCCCGUUAACGGCGGUAAUGAAUUUUUUAAAAAAUUUAUCACGUGAACAUAUUUAACGCAAUUAACGCACGUGCUGCACGACCCACUCACGCGUUAUCACGUUCAAUCUGUAACGGCGCCGUUUUACCUAUAUAUAGAGCUAAAAGGCAGCGUAAAAUGAGUAGAGUGAAUUUUGGCAGCCUUUGGAGCAUUUCUUUGAUCGGCUAAAGCCUUACAAUACCUCUCCCUACGAUUAGAAAUAUCGUGGGAAGCAAUGUGGGGAAGAGAGGUUGUAACUGAUCUUUUUCUUAACACCCUAUGUUAAAUCCCAACGCAGAGAAGAUAUACCAAUUGGUACCACUACGCAUAGUCAUGGGUGCACUUCCCAUCAUGCAUUUGGGCACAACAGUUAAAUAGCUAAAGUAUCAUUUACGGAAAGCGCAACAAAUACACUAGAUGGCAAUAUUUAGUCACAAUAUACAAAGUCACAUUUAUCCUUUAAGAAUUACAAGUCUUUCUAUCCGUGGAUCCCUCUCACUUGAAAGAAUGUUAAUAAUGUAAAUGCCAUCUUGAGGAUUUAUUGUUAUAAUAAACAAAUACAGUACUUAUGUACUGUAUGUUGAAUGUAUAUAUUCGUCCGAGUUUUAUUCAUUUUUUUUCUUAAUGCAUUGCCAAAAUGUAUAUGAUCGGGAAAAAUUAUCGGGAAUGAUUGAAAUUGAAUCGGGAGCAAAAAAAAAAAGCAAUCGGAUCAGGAAAUAUUGGGAUCGGCAGAUACUCAUACUAAAAUGAUCGGGAUCGGAUCGGGAGCAAAAAAACAUGAUCGGAACAACCCUACUCGUUACCUGUAUUAAUGGCACCUGUUUUAACUCAUUAUCGGUAUAAAAGACACCUGUCCACAAUUUCAGUCAGUCGCACUCCAAACUCCACUAUGGCCAAGACCAAAGAACACCAGAGACAAAAUUGUAGACCUGCACCAGGCUGGGAAGACUGAAUCUGCAAUAGAUAAAACGCUUGGUGGAAAGAAAUCAACUGUGGGAGCAAUUAUUAGAAAAUGGAAGACAUACAAGACCACUGAUAAUCUCCCUCGAUCUGGGGCUCCAUGCAAGAUCUCACCCCGUGGCUUCAAAAUGAUAACAAGAACGGUGAGCAAAAAUCCCAGAACCACACGGGGGGGACCUUGGUAAUGACCUAAAGAGAGCUGGGACCACAGGAAUAAAGGCUACUAUCACUAACACAAUGCCCCGCCAGGGACUCAAAUCCUGCAUUGCCAGACGUGUCCCCCUGCUGAAGAAAAUACACGUCCAGGCCCAUCUGCGGUUCGCUAGAGAGCAUUUGAUGAUCCAGAAGAGGACUGGAAGAAUGUGCUAAUGUCAGAUAAAACCAAAAUAGAACUUUUUGGUAGAAACACAGGUUCUCGUGUUUGGAGGAGAAAGAAUACUGAAUUGUAUCUGAAGAACACCAUACCCACUGUGAAGCAUGCGGGUGGAAACAUCAUGCUUUGGGGCUGUUUUUCUGCAAAUGGACCAGGUUGACUGAUCUGUGUAAAGGAAAGAAUGAAUGGGGCCAUGUAUCGAGAGAUUUUGAGAGAAAAUCUCCUUCCAUCAGCAGGGGCAUUGACGACGAGACGGGGCUGGGUCUUUCAGCAUGACAUUGAUCCCAAAAACACUGCCAGGGCAACAAAGGAGGGGAUUUCGUAAGAAGCAUUUCAAGGUCCUGGAGUGGCCUAGCCAGUCUCCAGAUCUCAACCCCAUAGAAAAUCUGUGGAGGGAGUUGAAAGUCCGUGUUGCCCAACGACAGCCCCAAAACAUCACUGCUAUAGAGGAGAUCUGCAUGGAGGAAUGGGCCAAAAUACCAGCAACAGUGUGUGAAAAGCUUGUGAAGAGUUACAGAAAACGUUCGGCCUCCAUUGAUGCCAACAAAGGGUACAUAACAAAGUAUUGAGAUGAACUUUCGGUAUUGACCAAAUACUUAUUUUCCACCAUGAUUUGCAAAUAAAUUGUUUAAAAAUCAAACCAUGUGAUUUUCUUUUUUUUUUCUUCCACAUUCUGUCUCUUAUGGUUGAGGUUUACCCAUGUUGACAAUUACAGGCCUCUAAUAUUUUCAAGUGGGAAAACAAAACAAUUAGUGGUUGACUAAAUACUUAUUUGCCCCACUGUAACUGUCGUAUUGUGAGCGAUGCAGAGGUUCCCACCUCUAUUGUAGACACGACAUCACUUUCCAGUCAAAGCAUGAAUGCUAACAAGAGCCCGGCAAAACAGUAAUUUACUUUGAGAUGCUAAAUGCAAUAUUAAUGAUGAUUUGGAAAGUAAAUACUUGUAGGAAUUGCUGAUAUGAAUAGUUUAAACUAGCUGAUGCUAGAUGGCGGUCACACACAUGUUGAAAUGAAAUGAAGCACAACUGCAGCUUGUAAAUGAUUCACCUAGCGAGUUUCAGUCCAUGGAUGUGAACCCACUUUACAAAGGACAUGUGGAAGCCUGUUUUACUGCAAUGGAAAUAAACAUCAAUCCAAAUCUCCGGGUCCACUAUUUUUAGUCAUUGAAAAAAAACUUUACUCCAUAAAGACCUGGUGUCCACAUACAUACAUGGUCUCCAUAACACACUUGCUUUAUUCUUGCUGUUGUUGUACUUCCUCAGAAGGAAACUACCGUAAUUUUCGGACUAUAAACCGCUACUCUUUUCCUUCAUUUUGAAUCCUUCGGCUUAUACUGUCCCCGACAAAAGUCUUGUCGCUUAUCCAUUUUGUAGAAACAAUUGCUAAUAACCUGACUUAUAAUUAUUGAAUUAGUUUCAGAAAUGGCUCAUAUGAAAUCUAAGACUCUCCCAAAUGAUGUUGAAUGUUCAAAAAUAUAUUUGUUUCACUGAAAAAAUUUUAUCAUUUAAUGAAGACAUAAAGGUCAAAUUUUGGCAAGACAAAAGUUUUGUCGCCUACAGAAAGUAGUGUGAAAAUUGACCAAAAAAUGUGUACUUUAAAUACAAAAAUAUGUUACAUAAGUGAAUUAAGUAGUGGUGCUGUGAGAUCCAUAUUUAAUAUUUUGUAUGACUUCCAUGGGCUUCGGCAAGGAUUCAUACAAUUUAUUGAUGAAGUCAUCGGGAACAUCAAAGAAAGCCGUCUUGCAUGCCUCCCAGACUUCAUCAACAUUCUUGGGUUUCGUCUUCCAUGCUUCUUCUUUCAUCCUGUUCAUGUCUGGUGACUGGGCUGGCCAUUCCAGGAGGAUCUUGAUCUUCUUUGCCUUGAAGAACUUUGAGGUAGAAAUUGAAGUAUGCGAUGGAAGAGCAUCCUGCUGCAGAAUUUGUUCCUUUUUGUGGUUAGGAAUAUAAGAGGCAGCUAUGAUUUAUUAACAUUUCAGACUAUUUUGUAUUGUAUUUGUAUAUUAUCACUGUAGUGUUUAUCAGUAACUCAAGUCUUUCGAUGUAAACCAACAAAUCCGUUAUGGUCCGCAAAUGUGGAAGCAAGGUAGGAAACCAAAUAACAGACAAAAUCAGAAGGAUUGCUUACAAGGGUUCAUUGAACUCACAAAAAAAAACUUGCGAUCGCAAAAAGGGAGACACAAAAAGGGUCCGUGACAGUAGGUGGGAUCAAUUAAAAAAUAAAUAAAUAAAAAAUAAAAAAAAAACAAGGGAAAACCGCGUUGAGAGGCAGACAAACAAUAUAAAAGGUAAGGGAUAUACAAACUGUCAAAUGGCAGCAAGGCAAUAUCUCGGCAAGCUGCUUAGGAUCGGUUUGACGACAUUGCUGAUGAGUUGGAAUUGGAUGCCGGUAUGACAUCGGGAACUCAUCCCACAUCUCUGCAACAAAACUGACCAGCAGCAGAAUGUGACAAAAUCAUGCUAGUCGUCAUACUAGCUUCGCUUGCUAGCUCGCACAGCUAUUCUCCCAGUCCAACCCCCCAGCGCGUAUUGCUCGCGUAAAACAUGGCGCCCUCCGUAAGUCAAAACAUGUUCUAAAAAUUAGAUUUUUAAAUCAAUGGAAAUAUUUUAUGUUUUAAAUAUCGUAUUGGCCCGAAUAUAAGACGGCCCUGAUGACAAGACGACCCCCUCUUUUUCAAGACUCAAGUUUGAAAAAAAGACAAAUUAAUUUUUAUAGGGAAAAUAAUUACACUACAUCCAAAACAAAUGAUUAUAACAAUAUAUUUGAGAGAAAAAGCAUGUUAUUUUGCCUCAUUCAAAUCUUAAUAUCUGAACAUUUAAAUAUGUAAAGUGCAAUCACAUUCGUAAAUGAAUGGCUUCUGGUUUUUGAAAUGUAAAUAAACCAAUCGGUUGUGAUAAAACAACAAAAUUGCAAAAACUGCAUUAACCAUCAAAGUGAAGUCUAACUGUAACUAGUCUUGAAACUAGGGCUGUCAAAAUUAUCGCGUUAACGGGCGUUGAUUAAUUUUUAAAAAUUAAUCACGUUAAAAUAUUUGACGCAAUUAACGCAAUGUCCCGCUCGGACAGAUUUAAAUGACAGUACAGUGAAACGCUCACUAUGGAGUUUUGCUGCCCUCUGCUUGCGCUUGGGUGCGACUGAUUUUAUAGGCUUCAGCACCCAUUACAUUGUGUAAGUAAUUAUUGACAUCAACAAUGGCGGGCUACUAGUUUAUUUUUUGAUAGAAAAUUUUACAAAUUUUAUUAAAACGAAAACAUUAAGAGGGGUUUUAAUAUAAAAUUUCUAUAACUUGUACUAACAUUUUUCAUUUAAGAACUACAAAUCCCUCUAUCCAUGGAUCGCUUUAACAGAAUGUUAAUAAUGUUAAUGCCAUCUUGUUGAUUUAUUGUUAUAAUAAACAAAUACAGUCCUUAUGUACCAUAUGUUGAAUGUAUAUAUCCAUCUUGUGUCUUAACUUUCCAUUCCAACAAUAAUUUACAGAAAAAUAUGGCAUAUUUUAUAGAUGGUUUGAAUUGCGAUUAAUUAUGAUGAAUUAAUUUUUAAGCUGUAAUUAACUCGAUUAAAAAUUUUAAUCGUUUGACAGCCCUACUUGAAACAAAUCUGAAUAAGGAAAAACAUUGCAAUAAAAUAAUGCAAACUGGUUAAACUUGAGAGUGGCUGAGAUCUGUCAUGACAGAACAUCGCCUCAUUGAUAUCUGGCGCCAUCUAGCGUUCUGAAUGGGUAUAAUGUCUAGACUGCAAAUAUAAGACGACCCCCUCUUUUUUCAGUCUUAUGUCAUUGCAAAAAAACACUGUCUUAUAUUCGGGCCAAUACGGUGUAAAAACAAAACAAUUGUGACUUCCUCGAGCCUUCAAGUCUUUAAUUCGGAGGUUCCCUUUAAGGAGCGAGCCGUCAGCCUGGCACCUUCAAUGGCAGCUCGUGAGUUAAACGAGUGCCUUGUCAGGGUUUAACUUUGAAAUUAGAGUGCCUAAAAAGUCGAUGACUCUGCUUGAGUACUUGACUGCCGUACUUGGCACAUAAUGUGCUCUCCCUACCUCUCUAGUAUGUGUGCCUUCCAUCUCUCCUCCUUCUCCUCACCGGCCAAUCAGGCCCCACCUCCAUGGCAACCGUCAGCGAUGGUAAAACAUCCACAGAUGGUACCGACUUGAGCGAGAGGCGCGCUCACAACCGGAUCGAGUGCGGCAGGAGAAGACUUUACCCUCCCUUUAAAAAGUCUGUAUAGGAGACGUAAAGAGGCUUUACGCUGGAGCCGCUAACUAAUGACCGCCGCGCCGCCAAACAUGCGCCGCUGACGCAACCGGACCUGCAAACGGGACCUUGCUCCGGGGACAAGCGACUCUCAGCGGCGGGCAAGAUGAGCUGCAGGAAACGGUGCAAGCGGGAGGUUUUUAAGUUCGCCCAGUACCUGUUCCGACUCAUCACGGGCUCACUGAACCCUGACAGCGUGGAAGAUGAGCUGGAGCUUUCGGCCGUGCGCCACCGCCCCGAAGGACUGGGACAGCUGGAGGCGCAGACGCGAUUUUCACGCAAGGAGCUGCAAAUCCUGUACCGCGGCUUUAAGAACGAAUGCCCGAGCGGCGUCGUCAACGAGGAAACCUUCAAAGACAUUUAUGCCCAAUUCUUCCCACAAGGAGACGCAUCAACGUACGCUCACUUCCUGUUCAACGCCUUUGACACGGAUCACAACGGCUCUGUGAGCUUUGAGGAUUUCGUCAUGGGUCUUUCCAUCCUACUGCGGGGCACCAUUCAAGAAAAACUCAACUGGGCUUUUAACCUCUACGACAUCAAUAAAGACGGUUACAUCACCAAAGAGGAGAUGCUCGACAUCAUGAAGGCCAUCUACGACAUGAUGGGCAAGUGCACGUACCCCGUGCUUAAAGAGGAAACGCCACGCCAGCAUGUAGACGUAUUCUUUCAGAAGAUGGAUAAAAACAAAGACGGCGUGGUGACCAUAGAAGAGUUCAUCGACUGUUGCCAAAAUGAUGAAAACAUCAUGCGCUCCAUGCACCUCUUUGAAAACGUCCUUUAACUGUAGUUAGAUCUCCACUCUUAACAUGUUUGUUCCGUCCUCAGAACUCUCUGGAAAUGUUGACUUUUGCCAUUUAGUCAUUGUUUUCCCGAUCACUGUGAUCUUUCCGUUUCUCCACAUUCCAUGAUAGUUGUGAUUAUCAUUUGAAAUUGUAUAUAGCAAUGAUUCUUACAACCAUUACGACUAAAAACAAUAGUUCAUUAAAAAACAAAUGACAUAAUUCAAUUGGGUUUAAAAAGAUACAGUAAAUGCAACUGAAUAAGCACAGAAAGGAAAUGUAUGUUUAUGGAUGACAUUAGCAAACUUCAAACGGAGUUUUCAAGUCUUAUUUUGACAGUUUUGCUCAUUGUUCAGCGUUUUGUUUUUAAAGUGUGAAUUCCAGUAGAUUUUCAAAUCUCCUCUGCAGGUAUGUUUAUAUCACAGAUAUACAAAGUACAUGUGAAUGUUGCAUUGAGAUAGUUAAGGAAAAUUAUCGCUCAUGAUGCAUUUCUACAUUUCUGUAAAUAUAUUGAGGUGAAAAUAAACUUAUCAAUAUAUCAUUUUCCAAUUUUGUUUCAUAUGGAAACCACUAUUAUGUUACAGGUUAUUUUUUUAGUGCUCCGCUGCCCACUAGUGGCGUCAAAGUGAGGACGCACAAAGGCUUUUCGCAUACAUAGGCGAGGAUGUAAUUUAAUUAAAAAAAAAGCUUUAAGGCAAGUAACAAUUUAAUAUGCUAUUUUAAAUACGAGUGAAACACUUUUUAUGGCCUCCAACUACUCAAGAGUUACAGAGCCCCCCGGGUGCCAGGGUAGAAAAAAAU